AUGACGCAAGAUCAUCACAAACUUAGUUACAAUGUGAUAUGUGAAAGUGUUAAGUCACUUCUACAUAUGGAUACUUCAAUUACAGUGAAGGUUAUAAUUGCACACAUCCGAGAGAAGUUUAAUUACACAGUUUCAUACAGAAAGGCAUGGAGAGCAAGGAAUAAGGCGAUUGAAUCAAUUUAUGGUAAUUGGGAGGAGUCUUAUCAAGAACUACCACAGUGGUUGCUGGUCAUGGAAAAAGAUUUGCCAGGAACAAUAAUUGAUUUUCAAACAGUCCCAUCAACAGAAGUGGUAAAUGAGAUUGUCUUCAAGCGUCUCUUUUGGGCCUUUCGUCUGUGCAUCUUAGGUUUCAAAUUCUGCAAACCCAUUGUCCAAAUUGACGCAACUUGGUUGUAUGGCAAAUACAAAGGAACAUUGUUGUUAGCUGUUGCGCAAGAUGGGAACAACAAGAUAUUUCCCAUUGCUUUUGCAAUCGUGGAAGGCGAGACCAAGGAGGCUUGGAGUUUCUUUUUGAAGAAUCUAAGGCAGCAUGUCACCCCACAGGAGAACAUAUGCCUCAUUUCUGAUAGACAUGUGUCGAUAAAGAGCGCGUAUGAUGAUCCACAGAAUGGAUGGCACGGUGCUCCGACAAGCCAUGUGUAUUGUGUCCGACACAUUGCACAAAACUUUAUGAGAUCAUUCAAGGAUGGGGAACUUAAGAAGAAAGUUGAAGGCAUGGGUUACGCCAUGAACAUCCCUACAUUCGAAUAUUACCGUUCUGAAAUUGCUGUUGUAGACCGAAAGGCUUUAGCAUGGGUCGAAAAUAUUCCCAAACAAAAGUGGACUCAAUCACAUGACGAUGGUCGACGAUGGGGCCAUAUGACAAGUAACUUGGUAGAGUCACAAAACAACGUGUAUAAGGGUAUUCGAGGACUCCCGAUCACAGCUAUUGUGAAAGCAUCAUAUUACAGGUUGGCGGCCUUGUUUGCUAAAAGAGGACAUGAGGCAGCGGCAAGGGUAAAUUCUGGUGAGCCAUUCUCAGAAAACAACAUGAAAUAUCUGAGGAAUGAGGUGAUUAAAUCCAACAGUCAUCAUGUCACUCAGUUUGAUCGGGAUCGGUAUACCUUUUCCGUCCGUGAAACCAUCAACCAUAGAGAAGGAUUACCAAAGGGAGAAUACAAGGUAGACCUGCAAAAUAAAUGGUGUGAUUGUGGACGAUUCAGAGCGUUACACCUACCAUGCUCACAUGUCAUUGCCGCUUGUUCUAGCUUUUGUCAUGACUACAAGACUUUUGUCGAUAACAAAUUCACGAAUGAGUGUGUAUACGCCGUAUACAACAUCCACUUCGACGUGGUUCACCACCAGACAUAUUGGCCUAAUUAUGAAGGACUGAAGGUGGUUCCCGACAAGUCUAUGUGUAGGGCAAAGAAAGGUCGUCCACCAAUUACUCGCAUUAGGACCGAAAUGGACGAUGUGGAAACUGAGAGAAGAUGCGGCAUUUGUAGGAUGCCUGGUCAUUCCCGCAAAGAUUGCAUUAAUAUUAGACAUCAGUAG